GACCUCAGGAGGAUUUCUUGGUCAGAGUGGCACAACUCUUCCUUCCCCUGUGCUCAGCAGGAAGGCUGCAGACAGCUGAACAAGUCUUCUAGAGGCAUCUGCAUCUCGGUUUAUCCUCACAAAGGACAAAGGAGCACCACCAUCACACACAGGGGAAAAAUGUUCAUUUGGGUAUUAGCCCUGCUGAUCCUCUGUUAUUUUCUGUGGAAUCAUAAAGAACAAAAGAUCACAGAUAUCACAAAUAAGUAUGUUUUCAUCACCGGGUGUGAUUCUGGCUUUGGAAACUUGGCAGCCAGAACUUUUGAUAAAAAGGGAUUUCGUGUAAUUGCUGCUUGUCUGACUGAAUCAGCAUCAACAGCUUUAAAGGCAGAAGUGUCAGAGAGACUUCACACUGUGGUUCUGGAUGUAACUGACCCAGAGAAUGUCAAAAGGACUGCCCAGUGGGUGAAGGACCUAGUUGGGGAGAAAGGUCUCUGGGGUCUCAUCAACAAUGCUGGUAUCCUUGGAAGUUUGGCUCCCACAGACUGGCUGACAGUGGAGGACUACAGGGAACCUAUUGAAGUGAACCUGUUUGGACUCAUCAAUGUGACACUCAAUAUGCUUCCCUUAGUGAAAAAAGCUCAAGGGAGGAUUAUCAAUGUCUCCAGUGUUGGGGGUCGGGUUGCAAUCUUUAGUGGAGGCUAUGGUCCCUCCAAAUAUGCAGUGGAAGCCUUCAACGACAAUUUAAGACGGGACAUGAAGGCUUUUGGUGUGCAUGUCUCAUGCAUCGAACCAGGAAUGUUCAAAACAGAAAUAUCUAAUGCCUCAAAGGUAACUGAAAAACAACUCGCCAUUUGGGAGCGUCUCUCUCCUGACAUCAAACAGCAGUAUGGAAACAGCUACAUCGAAAGACGUAGAACCAAACUGAAAUUCAAUUCAGCAUUUUCAAACACGAAUCUCUUCUUGGUGAUACAGUGCAUGGAGCACGCGUUGACAAGUCUCUUCCCUAAGACUCGCUAUGCUGCUGGAAAAGAUGCCAAGAUUUUCUGGAUCCCUCUGUCGUACAUGCCAGCAGCUUUGCAAGACUUUCUAGUGCUGAAACACUCUGUGGAACUGGAUAAUCCCAAAGCAGUGUGAAUAACCUGACCACAAACGCCUGCCCCGGGCUAUGAGAGUCACUGAUUGCAAGGGCACAUCUCCUUUUUAAUCACAUUGGUGGCCUAACCUAACCCUGAUUCACAUGUUUAUUUUGUUGAAAGAAGGUGCCCUACCAGCAAUGGUGAUACCCAGCGUCCCUUCUUUAGCUUUCAUUGAGAAGGACAAGGAGACUGCAUCACACCACCAAGUCCUACCCAACACCAAGGGUGUCACUACCUGGUAUAAUGCCAAGGCAAUUCAAAUAUUUCCCCACCCAAAAUCAUUUGCAUCACCACUUCCUUACAGAGUACCUCCUAAACACUUAAUUUUGUCUCAUCAAAAUAUUAAAAGACAGGUAA